CAGUAUAUAAGAGCAGGUCUUGUCCACAAAUUGUGCACAGGACAUCUGAACAAGGAGCCCUCAUCCGCAGGUUUUUCUCAGGCCAUUGUCUUCAUCUGAAUUCUUCACCAAAAUGCUGUCCGUAUCUUUAGUUUUUUGUGCCAUUGUGGCACUGGCUACAGCUCUGGAUGUUAAUAGUACUCACUUGGCGGCAGCACCUUGUCCGCCCGGCUGGACCGAACAUAAAGAUCGUUGUUACUUCUUCGAUAAUAAUGUCAAGACCUGGGUUGAUGCUGAGGCGAAUUGCCAGCAGUUGGGAGGGAACCUUGCAUCUAUACGCAAUGAUGACGAAAACACCUUCAUUCAAACCCUGGCUAACAGUGCACCUGCGUGGGUCGGAGGAACAGAUUGCCAAGCUUCAGGAGCCUGGUUCUGGAUGGAUGGUACACCAAUGAUUGCAAGAUUCUGGUGUCCACUCAAACCAGACAAUGAACUCGCACAGUGUUGUCUACAGAUAAAUACUGGUGUGAACAAAUGCUGGGAUGAUGUACCCUGUACUUCUACCCUUCCAUAUGUGUGUACAUUGAGUCGUUAGUGGAUUUCAGAGAUGUAGAUCCUAUCUGGCUGUUAUUUCUGUAUGACAGUUUUAUAAAACAUGAAUAAUCUGAGCUGAUACACCUAAUGUUUGAGGUGAAUGAGAUGAGACUGAUUAAACUGAGCACGAUUAAAACAACUGAAACAUUGAAAA